CACUUCCCCGCCAGAGUCUCAAUUUCCUACUGGUUCAGCCUGAAAGAAAAUCAUGGGGCCGAUCUUUAUAAAAAGGCUUUUCACUGCAAGUUCUUGAAAUUUAUCGUUCAUGGUCUACCCGCCACAAUGUAUUCGCUCAUUACCUCCUCUGCAUUUUUCUAUUUGACGUUCGCCACUGCUGUACUAGGCCAGAAUAUAGAUUCAACUCCCACGUCCGAAAUUAUUGAGCGUGCGACUCUCGCAACACCAUGUGUCUGUACCGAUUACUCGCAGAUAGCGCCUGCAAUUCAAGCAUGUAGUAGUAUCACGCUUUCCAAUAUCCACGCUCCUGUGAGCAGCACCAUCAGUCUCAUGCAACUUAAACCUGGGACGACUAUUACGUUCGCUGGAACCACGACAUUUGGGAUCACUGAAAACUCGCAGUUCAGACCAAUUCAAAUUUCCGGGAGCAACGUUACUAUUAAGGGAGAAAAAGGUUGUGUUAUUGAUGGUGGUGGGCCGGACUAUUGGGAUGGGUUGGGGUCAAAUGGGGGACUUCCAAAGUAAGAUAUUUUGCUUUUAUUGCGUACUUCUGAUCAUUUGCUUCCUUCCACUCUUACAAGACCCUGGAAGCUCAUUACCGUUCUCGUCGAAAGGCCAAGUUUUGAUAGAUGAUCCCGUACCAAUUUCGUAUUUUCUUGUAUGAAAUAAUGAGAUAUAGCUGUUUAUCGAGAAAGAAGAACACUAACACCGCCAGACCUGGUCAAUUCAUGAAAAUACAACUCACCAAUCACUCCACUAUCGAAGACCUGAAAAUCAUAAACUACCCAUCACACGGUAUCAAUCUAGCCGGAAUGCACGAUUCCGUUGUAAGAAGAGUAAUCAUCGACAAUCGCCUGGGCGAUGCCCCAAACAGUAUCAGUAAUGGACUUUCAGCUGCCCACAAUUCGGACGGCUUCAAUGUAGGAAACUCGGUUAAUUUGCGGCUUGAAGACUGCCAGGUGUGGGACCAAGAUGAUUGCGUUGUGGUUUCGGACUCGGAGAAUAUUACCGUGAAUAAUUUCUACUGCUCUGGAUCCCAUGGUCUUUCGAUUGCGGGUGGUGGUACCGGGGUGGGACAUAACAUUACUAAUAUUCUGUAAGUUUACUCUUGCGUCUCUCCAACCGCGAAGACCGACAACUUACAUCCACAGUUUCCAAAACUCAAUCGUCACCAACUCAACCAUUGGUGUCCGCAUAAAAACGGAUCAAGGAGCUACAGGCAGUGUUGUAAACGCAACAUGGUCUAACAUAACGCUCUCCAAUAUCAAGAAAAUCGGCCUUGAUAUCCAACAGGACUAUGGCAAUUCGGGGAGUGACGGUAAGCCCACGAAUGGUGUUCGAGUUGCUGGUAUUACGUUUAAGGACGUCGUUGGUAGUGUGGUAUCUCAGGCUAGGAACUAUUAUAUUCUUUGCGGUGAUGGUAGUUGUUCAGGUUUCAAUUUCAAUAAUGUAAAGAUUACGGGAGGGAAGGGUGACAGUUGUAAUUAUCCUCCGUCGGGUUGUCCGAAAUAGCGACUUAGCUCUUUUGGUCAAAUAUAA